GCAAAGGUGGUCUCGAAGUGCGCCCAAGCCAAUGAUGCCCACGUGCCCCUCUCCCAGACCAACCAGUUCAAGCUCAAGCAGUUCAGAAAGCAGGACUUUCAGCGGAGGAAGGAGUACCAGGAGGAGAUGAGGGAAAUCCAGGAGAGAGUGAAGGGGAGGCCUCUGCUGUUGGAGCAGGUUGCACAGAUGAAUGCCAAACACGCUGCAGAGAAGCGCUACACAGACACCCUGCGAGGCUGUGGAGUGAGUGAGGACUUUGUCAGUGGCAAGGUGCCCAAGUCCCAGCAGCCAGGUGGCCAAGAAUCUGCAUGCUGGACCACCUCCUCCAGUGACCCAAAACAAAGUGAAAAGGACGAGACAGAUACACGGGCUAUUUACAACACGGUCUUCCAGGAUGAAUACCCAGAAGAUUAUGAAGACAGCUUUGCUGACCAAAAACGGGAAGGAGAGCAGGAGGCUGAGAAAGAUGAAUUGAAGUCCAAAAAAGAAGAUGAGGAUGAAGGCCAUGACGAAGCAGGGCGGGGGAGGGCGGAUAUUGGGCGUUAUUCAGAUGAUGGCGAUUACUCAGAUGCCGAUGACCAUUACUCAGAUGCCAGUGAGCAUUACUUGCCCCUGGAUGAUGAAAAGAAUAAAGGGAGUGACAUCCUCAAAAGGCCCGAGAGUACCCAGAGCAGCCCAAGCUAUAGAAGCGGCCAGCACAGCCAAAACAGUCAGAAGUCAGAGAGGGAUAGGGAAACACAGCAAUAGCGGAAAAGAAAAGUAACGAGGAUGACUAAAAAGUAAAAGGAGUGCAUUUUCUGACAGGUAGGCAGGGCUACAUUGAGGCGAACGUCUACAACACUGACACACAGUGGUAGAGAUGCUUCUAUUAUAAAAAAUGAUAAAUGCAUGGUAGGAGAUCUGUAUACAUACAGUAAUAAUGGGGAAUUUCAUGUUUAUUACAUUAUUUUGUUGUCUGAGACAGACCAGAGUGAAUUGUAGUACUAGGCUAUGGUUAUAAAAAGGAUCACAUUGAACAGUUUAGGGUAUUCUUUGUCUUGUGAUAUCCUACUUUGCAGGAAAUACAAUAGGUUGACCACUUACAUUUGGAUGCUUGUGAUACAUUUUCUUUCGACAAUUAUUUGUCUAAUAUUUUGUGACUAAAUAUAUGUAGCCUAACAUUUGCUAUAUAUUUAAGGAUCAUACUUUUUUUCAAUCGUUGCAUAUAUACA